AUGGGGCAGGUGAACAUCUGUACGCCAGAGAGAAGGUUCUCUGAAGACUCCGGUUAUCUUAGCUCGAACAACGUUAUUCCCUCAGUUGGACCUAACCCAGACGUUGUUCCUCCUGGGGUGAAGGUCAUGGAGCAGGAAAAUGUUAUCCCGGAGUGCCCAAUUUGCUUUGCCACCUAUGACAAUGUAUUCAGAACCCCACUGCUGCUGGCGUGUUCUCACACCUUCUGCAUGGAGUGCCUUUCUAAGCUCUGCGUCUUCCAGAAGGAGCUGGAAACCUUCUGUUGCCCCAUGUGCCGGGCUGCUGUCACCAUCCCGCCAGGGGGCAUCCCUCAACUACCCCCAAACAUGAACAUUGUGUCUCAGUACCCGCCAUGGAUGGGCCAUCUCCAGAAAGUCUGGGUAGAGGGGUCCAAACUGUGCUGGAAGAAGGGGUAUGGCCAAAGCUAUGUCAGGAACACCCAAAACACUUUGUCCCAUGUCCCACCAGGAGAGGAAGACAAUGUUGUCAUCGUGGUGUAUCUGCUGGGUCCUACACAGCCCCACGUCUCACAGCCGGUAGACCUGGUCGGGGUUCCGCGCCAGCCUCAGUACCACCGGUGCAACCUACUGCUGCGCAACUACGGAUGCAUCAUGUGGAUCUUUAUCUGCUGCAUUUUGGUCUUCUUCUUCUUGGUGUUUUUUCCAAUCUACCUGCGCGUGUAACUCGCCUACACAUGUAGCAAACACGUCCCUUUGCGUUACAUAAUUGCCCCAUAGUCCUACAUAGUCAUGGACUGAGAGAGGAAAUUCCAGGAAGUUGCGGCUGCAUUUCUCAUGUUGGCGGUUAAUCUGCGAUGUAUCAUUAAGCAAUUUGUCAUUUUUUUAUGUCCGUUUAGAAACCAAGUUCCUGAGAAUAAAUAUCAAAUGCAUUAUA